AUGAAGAGUCAUUAUACAAAGCUGGGCGAGGAUGACACUGAGAGUCGAGAAGUCGAAAGCGAAGGCUCUUCUUCAACAGAAACUCUCGAGGCGUCUGCACCAGCCUUGAGCAGACACGGAGCCUUUACUCUUUGUGGCCUUUACACAAUCCUAUUAUUGGUGAUUGGUUACACUAUUGGGCAUAGCCAAGGACGCCGCCAAAGCUCACCGAAGCUUUACGAUUCUGAUUCCCCAAUUUACAAUCUUGUUCGUCCUACCACCAACAAACAUCAAUACAAUAACACUUUCUGGCCUGGAUCUAGCCCAUCCAUAUUUCGACAACCCCCAUCCGAUGCCGUUGACGCCGCAUGGGAACGAAUCUCCAACGGCCGGGACAUAGUCAUUACCAGUGAAGAAGUGAUAGCACUCGGCAAGAACCCUAAUGAGACCGUCAAAGCAGACCCAGCAUGGGGCUUUGGAGACGACGCCCAUCUCGGUCUGAUUCAUGCCAUGCACCAAAACCACUGCCUCAACGCGAUUCGAAAAGCUGUUUACUACAAUUACUACUACAGACACAAGCGAGGGUUUGGGGCUAAUCCUCCCAUGGACUAUCGAGCCAAGUACUAUAGUCAUAUGGAUCAUUGCAUAGACUUCCUCAGACAGGAUAUCGCUUGCAAGGCAGAUCUCACCAUCUCCACAUACCGAUGGAUGGAUGGGGAGGUCACGCCUGAAGCUGAUUUUGCUACGUGGCACCAGUGUCGAGAUUUCGAAGCGCUACUGAAAUGGCAUGGAAAGCAUGAGAUCAAUGCGGGUAUGGCAUCGAAAGAUGUAAAGGAUAGGUGGGAUACAUUUGAUCCGAAGAAAGAUGAUGUAGUUAUCCCGCAAGAGGCAGAAGCCAAUGCAUCCUUCUGGCAGGCAAAUGAGCCAUCAAGACAUCGCGAAAUAGAGCGUCUAUCAAUUAAAAUUAUUUCCAUCAUCGCAGCUGAAGCUGCAGCCUCCGUAUCGCAGUCUAAACUCGAUGAAGUGUUCGACGUAUGGGAUCUCCACGACAAACUCAAAGUUCCCGUAACCACAUCAAGAAGUAAUUCUCUGGCGUCAUUCGCUGCAGUCUCGCGCGACUGGCAACUCGCGUUCGAGCCUUUUACGUUCCAUACUCUCAUUCUCUCGCCUAAAAGACUCGCGCAGGCUGAAAGGCAGGGUUAUCUUACUCGACGCCGGCUUGGGUAUAUCCGCAGCAUUGCCGUUCCCAUCACAUUCCCUCUUCCAUGGCCAUGGGAUGUUCCGAUAAUAUUCUCCCAAGCAGGGGAUUGGCCGCCUCUUCCGGAAGUUGACGAGAAAAAGGAUCAACUGUUAACUGAAGACGAUGCGGGUUCUGAGGAAGAAAGUCCUUUGUCCAAGGGGGGGCCAGAAGAUGAAGAAGACGAGGAGUACGACAGCUACCUUGACGACGAAGACGAACUCCCUCCACCACAAGAGAGAGGCUACGACAAGAUCUUCACGUCCAUUAUAAGAUCACUCUUUCGAAUUCUUAAACUUGCCCCUGUGCACGAGAACAAACGGCCAUAUAUAGAUUUACGACUCGGAUUUCCUGUGCCUAGGGAGUACGGAUGGUGCUUUGCGACUCGCAUCGAAGAGCCCGAGGCUGAGCGUACUGAAGUCGGCUGGUGCAAACCUCUCUAUUUUGGUUUAGGUUUCAACAAGGACGAGUUACCAGAACUGCCUGUGAUAGCUUCGUGUAGUUUUGAACUCGUCUCUUGGAGCCUCUUCUUUACGCCCGAAACAGCAUGUGCGAUGGCGAGUAGAAUGCCGUAUCUCAGGAUAAUCAAUAUGCAUCUCAGUGAUAAGGAGUGGAGGGAUCUGGAUCUGCGAACAAAGCUGCGUGAUGGCUUUGCCAAAUCAUUACCCAGUUUACCACAAAGCAUCUACGAUUUCGAACUACAAUAUUCCCGACGUGUUCCUCGAGAUCAUGCACAUGCUCCUAUCAGCAUAGUACCACCAAACGAGAGAUAUGAUCAUCUCAGCCAAGCCCUCUUCAAAUUCUCACAACGGGAAAACAUGAUCAGGUUUUCAGCAAACGGAAGCUUCGAUAUUGACAUCAUGGGAUCUUCAGCAAAGUCACUUGCUGCAAGUACAGGAUGGCCCAAACUAGAGUACUAUCAGAUCGGCCAACUCGCAAUCACGCCAUCGGGGCAAUGGCUGGCUGCUCCCUUCACUGAUAACCCCAACACCGACAGUUUUCGGAACGAACGAUGGGGUUCUCCCAGUGAAUCUUCGAGAAGUUCCUUGUCUACAUUUGAAACCAACGAAUUUAGGGGUCCGAUCGAUCCAGACUAUGCGCAUCGUCUUCUGUGCGCUGCAGGACGAGCAGCUUCCUAUAUGCCCUGUUUAAAGAAAAUGGAGCUCAACGUUGGAGUCGUGGCGGGCUACAAAGUUUCGUAUACAAGUAAGAAGGUUGAGACAUGCAUGAGAAUCAUUGGGAAGAAGCUCCGGCCGCCCACGGAAGACAUGCUCCGAGUUUGGCGUCGUGUGGCACAAGACCACGACCAAAGGUUUGUCCUCGAGUGGAACGACACAGUCAAGACGAAUAAAAGAAAGGAACGUUUUAGCUAG